AUGCGAGACCCCAAGCCAUUCCUAGAUAAGUUAACCAACGAGUAUAAGUUUAAACUUAAAGGUUCUGGACCACUGGAAUUCCAUCUAGGAUGCGAUUUCUUUCGAGACGAACAAGGCGUGCUUUGCAUGUCCCCUCAAAGAUACAUCGAUCGAAUGGUAGAUACGUACCAACGAAUGUUUGGCCAAAAGCCAAAGACCAAUGUGACGUCGCCCCUUGAAAAGGGAGACCACCCCGAAUGUGACACAUCCGAGCUUCUGGAUGAGCAAGGUGUCACUUGGUACCAGUCAUUGGCCGGUCAACUUCAAUGGGCUAUCUCUCUUGGACGCCUGGACAUAGCGACCGCAGUUAUGACCAUGUUGAGCUUUCGCUCCGCGCCAAGACAAGGCCACCUUGAUUUAGCCAAGCGAAUCUGUGGCUACCUUCUGAAGAUGAAAAACGCAGCCAUUAGAUUCCGAACCGGGCUACCAGACUACAGUGACGUAACUGAGCCAGUCUAUGACUGGGCAGACUCAGUAUAUGGCUGUCCUACCGAACAGAUCCCUACUGAUGCACCAACACCGUUGGGCAAAUCAGUAAUCCUGACUCACUACGUGGACGCCAACCUAUUCCACUGCAUGUUGACUGGUAGAUCCGUAACAGGUAUUCUACAUAUGAUUAAUGGAACACCUAUUGAUGCCUUUUCAAAGAAGCAAGCUACCGUGGAGACUGCCACAUACGGCUCCGAAUUUGUCGCAGCCCGUACCUGUGUGGAACAAAUCAUGGACCUACGAUUCACACUGAGAUACCUCGGUGUUCCUAUUCAGGGACGUAGCUACAUGUUUGGAGAUAAUGAGUCUGUUGUUAACAGCUCAUCUCGACCAGAUGCAAAAUUGCACAAACGACAUGUCGCGUUGUCGUUUCAUCGUGUUAGAGAGGCUGUAGCAUCCAACAUGCUUUCCUUUCUACACAUCGAUGGUGUCAAAAACCCGGCUGAUAUCCUAAGCAAGCAUUGGGGAUAUCAACAGAUAUGGCCGCAGCUACGUACACUACUCUAUUGGUGUAAUCUCGAGCGUUCACCCAAGAAUAAUUAUAUUCUGUCAACCAGUCUGGCUCGCGCCAUGAGCUCCCUUCCGGCAGGUGUCCAACGUUGGACCACAAAGCAUGUUGUGGGUAUGUGUGGUGUAGGGAAGUUCAAAGUCCGGUGGGGUGCCGCAGACUCAGCUGCAUGUCCCUGCUGCGGCGAUUUUGAGGACCACCUUCACGUCCCUCGAUGUACGGCGCCGUCGGCUAGUGCGGAAUGGGAGCGCUGGACGGCGUCGUUGGACCAAUGGUUGGACACCCAAGUCACUGACCCAGCCAUCAAACACGCUAUCCUCUACCUUCUUCAAGGGGUUCGUGAUCCGUCCCUACCUUGCAGUCGGUUGGUUCCGGUUUGUCUUUGCCGCGCUUUCCUGUCCCAACAACGCAUCGGCUACCAAGGUUUAUUGGAAGGCCGGCUGUCUGUUCACUGGGCGGCCCUGCAGGAACAGUACCUUCAGUCACGAGGGAGCCAACGCUCUCCGACCCUGUGGGUCUCUCGCCUAUCGCAUCAGCUGAUCUUGCUUGGAUUUCAUAUGUGGGAACACCGGAACUUGGUGCAACAUUUGGAGGACAACGUACAGCUACGCGAACGUAGCCGAUUGGUGAACAACGGUAUACACUCUCAGUUUGAUGUGGGCCCAACCGACCUCCCCAAGGUAGUUCAACGCAUGCUUGCUGUGAAACGCCAAACUGUGUUGAACAAGCCGUUGGUCGAUAGGGAAGAGUGGCUGAAGCUGGUUAGAAUGGAACGCACGGCCUAUUGUUGCGCUCUGGUGCCCCAACGCCAUAUCCUUCACCGCUUCUUCCACCCGGCCCAGGCCCCCUAA